CAACAUCAAGAACUAUGCAAGACUCAAUUGGGAUUCCUGCUUGCUUUUCUUCUGCAGAGAAGCUGAGUGAUGAUCAUGGGGCUGUGACCCGUUCAGGUCAGAGCGUUUACAGAACAAAGGUUGCUGAUCACUGCCGCUUGAUCACCAUCACAUGGUGCAAAAAUUUGCUGCUUCAUGGCCUAUCAGUAUCAGUGGAAGGCCCAGAAGGAGAAACUCAGUAUAGCUGCAAGGUUGAGCUAAAGCCAUGGUAUUUUUGGAGGAAACAAGGUUCCAAGCGCUUCAUAGUAGAUGGUAAUAAAGCUGUUGAUAUUUUCUGGGACCUUAAAGCUGCAAAAUUUAAUGGCGAAACAGAACCAACCUCAGAGUACUAUGUAGCAGUAGUUUGUGAUGAAGAGGUUGUGCUGCUUCUUGGUGAUCUAAAGAAAGAUGCUUACAGAAGGACCGGGUGUAGGCCAGCACUUAUUGAUCCCAUUUUGGUUUCAAAGAAGGAACACAUAUCUGGGAAGAAGAAGUUCUCAACUAGAGCUAAGUUCCACGAGAAGGGUAGGUGGCAUGAGAUCUCAAUUGAGUGUAAGAACAAGGGCAAUGGCGAUUCUGUAAGUGGGGUUCAGCCAGAGAUGGAGAUAAAGAUUGAUGGGCACUUGGUCAUUCAUGUCAAGCACUUGCAAUGGAAGUUUAGAGGCAAUGAGUCAAUUCAUCUCAACAAAAUGAGACUAGAGGUAUAUUGGGAUGUUCAUGAUUGGCUCUUUAGUCCUGGUUUAAAGCAUGCUUUAUUCAUUUUUAAGCCUAUUUUAUCAUCUAAAUCUCUGUCAUCUUCUUCACCACCAUUAGCAUCCUCAUCACCUCCAUCAUCAACUCACACAAGGAGUUCUGGAUCAGUGGAAGGCUUUAGUGUUAGUGGGGCAUCAGAGUUUUGCUUGUUUCUCUAUGCUUGGAAGGUUGAAUGAAAGGACCAUGUUAGCCUAAUGAUAUAUCAUCAUCAACGCCGGCAAAAUAAGGUUGGAAAAGGACUUGGGUCUCCAAGUCAUGGAACAAAAUGGAAUGGGGUGAAGACGCAGAUUGAGAUUGGGUUGAGAAAGAGAGAGAGAGAGAGAGAGAGAGAAAUGGAUUUGGAUUGAAAAAGCCAGUGGGGCCAUACAGGGUUUGGGAGUUAGUUACAGCUGGGGUUGAACAAUUAAGCAUACUUGGACAAUACAGAUUGUAUCACAAUCACACGUUCAAUAAUUCUCCAUCUAGAGGCAUCUAUGUCUACAUCUACAUUUUUCUCAUUGGACGUGCUCUUUCUUGAUCCGAUCUUGAUAACUGAGCUAUAUAUAUAUAUAUAUAUAUUUCUACCAAAGGUACAUACAUGUUGUCUAAAUUUUGUAUCACAGAAAUAUAGACAGUAGAUUACUGAACUGAAUGUCUGUAUUUUCCCAUAAGAUGUUCAUGCAUG